CAACACUCGCGUAAUGCCAAAGGGCGUGACCAGAGCGCCAUGGCCUUCUUGCCGGACCUCGGCCCCGAGGGCCUCAGCGAGCGCUUCUGCGCGCAGAUGCGGCCGGUCUUCGGGCGCGCGCCCGAAGUGCCAAUCUCCGCGCCGCGGGCGGUGUGCUCGGAUGGCGAUGCGCUCUUCGUGGCGGACAUGGCGGAGCACAACGUCUGGCGCUGUCUCCCGAACCAAGCGCCACACAUCGUGGCCGGCACGGGGCAGCGGGGCCCCGGGCCUGACGAGCCUCAGGGGGCGCCGGGGACGGACGUGGCGCUGGAAUACCCGCACGACCUGGCCUUGGCGCCUGGAGUGCUCUACAUUUGUGAGCUCUAUGCUGUGAGGGCGUUGGACAUCACCAGUGAGCCGCCGAUGCUGCGCACCGUCUUCCAAAGCGAGUACGGUCUCGGGGGCGUGGCGGUCGCCAGAGAGGGCCUCGUCGUGGCGCUUCACAGCCGCCACAUGCUGGCGUUGGUGGACAAUGAGGGCCGUGAGCAGAUCCUGGCGGGCACGGGGCACCCGGGACCGCUGCUGAGUGAUGCGCCGGCGCUGCAGGGGAACCUGCACAACCCCACCAAGGUGGCUGUCCUGCCGUCGCAGGACAUCCUCUUCAUCGACGCGGGGAACCGGGCACUGCGGCUCUUGCAGCGCGCCAGCGGCACGCUGGUGACGCUGUCGGGGGCCAUCGAUGCGCCGGAUGGUCUUGCUCUGGGGGGUGGCGGCUGCUUCGUGGCGGAGGGCCGGAACUGUCAGGUGCUUCAGUUCCGGCCAAGCAGCCCUGGACGUGAGUGGAACUGGGGCACCUGCGCGGGCACCGGCUUCUGCGACGCUUCCUGCGUAGGUGACAGCGUCUGGCAAGGCUUAGGAGAAUCGAUGCAGCGAAGGCGGCCAGCGUUGGAGACGCAGCUGAGACGACCGCAGGGCCUCUGCUGGGUCCCAGGCCGGGGCCUGCUGAUCUGCGACGCCGGGCUGGGGGUGGUGUACCUGGCAGAGGGCCUGGAUGCCUGGGCCUGGCAUCGCGAUGUUGCGCUGCCCCGCGCGCUGGUGCUGUCAGGGCGCGCAAAACUGUCUGAUCAGGCGGAGGAGGUGCUGAAGCUUCUCGUGGAGCUUCCGGAUGAAGAGUUCCGCCUGGUGCUGUCCUGGUGGCAUGAAGUGGACUGGGCCCUGGAGGAGGAGAGACGAGGCCUUAAGGAGGAGCUGGAGCAGCGUCAGCAGAGGAUUCAGGAGGAGAAAAACGGCUUGGGCUACGACCAGGAGCGAGUGGACAUCAUCCUUCGCCGUGAGCUUGAUGAUGAAGUGCUGGCACUGAAUGUGGGGGGUGAGUUCUUCUUCGCCAAGCGCUCCACGCUUUGCACCUACGAGGGCUCGUACCUGGCGAACCUCUUCUCCGGGCGCUGGGAGUCAUCCAUCGAGCGUGACAGCUACGGUCGCUUCUUCCUGGACUUCGACCCCAGCUGCUUCCGGCAGCUGCUGAACUUCCUCCGGUCCAAGCGACUGGAAAGCCAACGGGGCGGCCCCGCGCGCCUGCCCAAGGUCCCCGAGGAGAAGGUGGACCAGUUUUGGAACCUCGUGGAGUACUUUGGCCUCACCGAGCAGUUCCAAGAGGCGGAGGAGGCGCAGUCGAGCGCGCCCAAGGUGAGCGAGAGCACCGCCUCCCUGUUCAGCAGCAACCUGCUGCAGUCGGCGCUUGGAGCGCUGCGCCAGGCGCGAGACCGGAGAAGGGAGGAGGGAGGACAGUGGUCUGCUGGGAGGAAAAAGACGUGA